CAAGGCUUUUGCUAAAGUACCAAAAAGACGCGAGCGCCUAUUGGUCACCACGAGAUACAGCACACUCCAAUCCUGACUGCUGAGGCGAGGCCAUUCGAGAUGCUCAAACAUGAAAUGAGGUUGUGUUGUAGAAAAACUUUCUGAGGAUAUUUCGAAAGGUUACACAGAAAGGUUUCUAACAGGGUCACGUCAGCCUGCCGAUAUGAUGAAAGAUUGCCUUCAGUUCCUCAUUGAGCCAGCAAAGAAGCUCAAGUUUCGUCUCAAGGAGACGCGGAAAAGAGUGAAACACGUAAAGAAAGAGCCAUUAACAGAGAGUCAGCUGUUUAUAAUGGAGCUCGCGCGAGAACUCAACAGGAUCUGUCAGAGGACAGAUAUUCUGGCUCACAUCUGGACCGGAGAGGACGUGUGGCCUCCGCACGCCUGUCGAGAGUUCAUUGUGGAGACCGCCAACGUUCUGGAGAUGAAGGAAAAUACGGAGAAGCCCAUGCAAGUUUAUACCGAUCUGCAUCCCGAAAAGCGGGACUGGAAGAGUCAUUUACUGAGCAUGCUUGAGCAGGGAGGAGAGCAUGACAUGGGCUCUUAUAAAAGGAUCAUCAUGGACUGGACCAGAGGACAGCGCAACAGACACCCGCACGGUAUCUGGCCGGGUGAGGCGGUGUUGAUGAUGUUGGAUGACGUGGAGCUGCAGUGGAAGCGGGGUCACCUGUCACACCUGCAGUCUGCCGUGGAGCUGCUCAUUGGCCUCGUUCUUGGGGAACACCUGGACAAGGAGCUCAUUCCAAGACUGUGGCUGGUACAAAAACAAAAGACCCAGAAGAUCGAUUUCACUGGCUACAUUCCACACAUUGUGUGGAACUGGAUAUGUGAUGCUGCAGUGGAGGUGACUUUUGACCCAGAGACGGCCAACCCUGCCCUUGUCCUGUCUGAAGACUGCAAGCGUAUGCAGUGUGGUCUGGAGCGGCGCGGGGUCUCCUGCAGUCUGAGGCGCUUCGACGGCUGGUGGUGCUGUUUCGGCUCAGAGGGCUUCUCGGCAGGACGCCGGUACUGGGAGGUAGAAGUGGGCGACCGUGACUGGCGUCUCGGGGUGGCCAAAGAAUCAGCCGUCUGCAAGGGCUACAGACCGCUCAACACUCAGAGCGGAUACCUCACCCUCAGGCUGGAGCGGGGGUCCGAGCUCAAGGCCCUGACCGCACCGCCUACCUUCUUGCCCCGGUCGCUCAUCCCGCGGAGGGUGGGAGUCUACCUGGACUAUGAGGAGGGGCAGCUGUCCUUCUAUGACAUCCAAAGGCGCGCGCACAUCUACACAUACAGCGAGAGGUUCACAGAGAAGCUUUACCCUGUGUUUGGGACGGUGGAGAUGGUGCGUGAGAUGGUGAUCAGGCCUGCAGAUCUGAGGGAGCGAUGUCUCUGUAAGGGACAGUGUCUGUUCUUCUAACGUACAUGACGAACGCGCAUACGAAAAAAAUCACACACCAUAAAACAUUCAUACAGUUCAUUCAUUUGAUCAAUGCUUGGGGGUGCAUAGAAGGUAUUUUACAUUUUUUAGAGUAGCUAAAGUUGUCAUUUCUGCACCACAAGGAAUAAAAAAAA